CGGGGUUGGUCAAAUUAGAGAAAGAGGCCGCGAACUCCACCUUUCCGGCUUACUAUAUAGCCACCAAAUUCUUGGAACAAACCCUUCUGCUCUCUCUCUCGAAGAUAUCCGUGCGUAUUGUAGGAACCCGUGGUGUGGUGUCCCGGUGUGGAAAAGUUCUCUGAUGCUCUACCGCAUCACGAACUUCGUGAUGCGGUAGAGCAUCAGAGAAGAAGUUCUGUAGAGGCCCCGCCCUUACCCAGCGUCACCUGCGUGGAAGGGGCCCCACGUGGUUCGGCUGCCAAAAGUGGGGAGGGCUUUUCUUGUCCACCAUGUUUGUGUUAUGCAGUAAAAAGAGUAGGGCUUCUCCGCUGGAAAGAUGCGAAAGUGACCACCAGGCCCUGACUUGGGCUGGGCCUCUUCCCCUGGCCUUGGCGCUGACGGCGCAGCCGCCCUAAAGUGUGCCUCUUUAGGGGCGGGCUGUGUUAGUUAUUGAAGUUUCCCUGCAAAUCUCUCCUCGCUUCCUCCUCUCCUUUGCCUUUUCUCUUGGUUUUAAUCUCUCCCACUUUGUAAUUUCAGCUACCCAUCUACCGCUUGCGUCGCCCGACUUUGAGUUGUUUUCCAAAUAGUGCUUUGCAUUCUUGAAAAAUGCCUGUACAAGUGACAACUAGUAAAUAAUUUUUGGUUGUGCUGGGUCGCAUACCACUAAGGUUCCUAGUGACAGCUUUUGGGGUUAAAAAAAAAAAAAAAAAGGCCGAAUUUCUGUAAGAAGAGUGGAGGGCAGUCCUAGUACCGAGAUCAGCGCAAGUUAAAGAGCAAACGAGAUCAGUGAAAGUUAACUUGCAAACAAGGAACAUAUCAUGCGGGGGAGAGACGGAAAUGAGUCAAUAAGAAGGAAAGCAGUCUACCAACAGUUUUGAGAGUUUGCAGAAACAGCUUACAAAGAAAAUGAAACUCCCUAUUUUCAUAGCCGAUGCAUUCACAGCAAAAGCAUUUAGUGGGAAUCCGGCUGCUGUUUGUCUCCUAGAAAAUAAACUGGAUGAAGACUUGCAUCAAAAAAUUGCAAAGGAAAUGAACCUCUCCGAAACGGCUUUUAUCCGAAAGCUACACCCAAAUGACAACUUUACACAAAGUUCCUGCUUUGGAUUAAGGUGGUUUACACCCCAGAAUGAGGUUCCUCUCUGUGGCCACGCUACCCUGGCUUCUGCAGCUGUGCUGUUUCACAAAAUAACAUUUGACAAAAUGAAGUUCUUUUUUUGGCCAGAAAAUGUGAAUAGCACUCUCACAUUUGUCACUCUGAGUGGGGAACUGAAGGCCAGAAAAGAAGAGGAUGGUAUCGUCCUGGACCUGCCUCUUUAUCCAGCCCACCCCCAGAAAUUGCAUGAAGUGGAGGACUUGAUAAAGACUGCCAUAGGUGACACGCUGGUUCAGGAUGUUCGCUAUUCCCCAGAUACCAAAAAGCUCCUGGUCCGGCUCAGUGAUACUUACAACAGGUCAUUUCUGGAGAGCCUGACAGUGAACACAGAGAAUUUGCUGCAAGUGGAAACCUCAGGGGAGGUGAAAGGACUUAUUCUCACCCUCAAGGGAGAGCCUGAUGGGCAGACUCAAGCAUUUGACUUUUACUCCAGAUAUUUUGCUCCAUGGUACGGUGUGGCUGAGGACCCCGUAACAGGGUCUGCACAUGCUGUUCUCAGUAGCUAUUGGUCUGAGCAACUAGGGAAGAAACACUUGCACGCCUUUCAGUGUUCCAACCGGGGAGGAGAACUGACGAUUUCCCUGCGUUCUGAUGGACGAGUUGACAUCAAGGGAGGCGCUGCUCUUGUUUUAGAGGGCACGCUGACAGCCUAGACUGCUUGCACUGCAAUGAUGCAAUCUUGAAGUACUAUUUUCUGCAUAAAAAAAAUGUAAGCUACUGCUUUGAAUAAGAUUGCAUUGUAGUCCACUUGAUCUCACCUGAGAAAUAGAACAAUGAAGACAUAUUAAUGGGGAUUUAAUAAUGCUUCCUGAUGAAUUAACUAAAGGAGUUUUGGUUCUACCUGUGAACAUAUUCGAAGUAACCAAUAUCAAAGAAUAAUGUUGUCACCUUUAAUUGUGACCACCAAUCACAGAAUGAGGAACACAUUUAUGAAGAGUAAGAUUAAAUCAUUUAAACUCAGAUGUGAGUACCUGAUAGACUGUUUUGCAGCCGUCAAAAAGACCUAAUAGCUAUGUGGAAAUGUAGAAAAAUAGUUCACAGUAUAAUACUAAGAAAGAAAAUUAUAGUAGACUGUUAAAUGUUAGCAAUGUUAUGCUAUGUCUGUGGAGAAUAGGAAUUUAUAUGGACAAGAAUGGAUCAUGAAGAUAGAAAAGUAAAAAGACUUUGUGUGUGAACAGUAAGGUUGGAGUAAUUUUAAUGCACCUAAAAAAUUAUUUCCUUUAUUGGAACAUGCUCACGUUUAAUACCUAAAAAUCAGGAUAUGUAGCUAAAUAACUAAAACGCCCAGAUAUUUUUUAAAUGAGUGAUAAUGAGUGAUAGAGUGGUAAUAAAAUUAAACAUGGAAAGUAACAUGA